AUGUCAGAGAUAUCGACGGCUAUGCCUCCGCAAGAUGCCUCCAUGUACGAGACGGCCUUCAUCGACAGGGAGCCACGCGCGAGCUUUCAGGCUCUUCAGCAGCGCAUGCGCCAGGCAAAAGUCUUUCACGAGCAGCUCGCAGACUACAUGGCAGCACGCUACGAGGCUGAAGAAGCUUACAUCAAGCAACUGCAGAAACUGCCUAAGCGCUUAGGCGAACCGACGCUCAUGCCACUCGACUUCCGACCUGUGUACACGCGCCUGGUAGACAACAUCGGGCAAAUCGCUCAGCACCAUACCGUCUUUGCGCGUCAGCUACAGCGGCAGCGAGAGACGUUGCAUCAGGCCCCCAUGCAUGGCGAGUGGUCGGGCUUGCAGCGUCAUGACGACGCACUCGUGCCAUCUCUCAAGGAGCUGCAGUCGCUUGAGAUCCAGCUCAGCAAGGACCAGCGGAAAGUCGACCAAAAACGAAACAAUGCCUCGGCACAAUCGAAACUCGCCACUACGCAGCAAGCGUAUGCGCGUGCGCAGGAGACCUGGAAGCGCCGUGUGCCGUCGGCGUUGCGCGCGUACGAAGUUGCUGAUUUCGAGCGUCUCUCGAUGCUCCGUGAGGCUGCAAAGUACCUAGCGAAGGGCGAGGGUGAGCUGGCUCGUGGUAUUUAUGAGUUGGCGAGAUCCACGGCCCAAGCUGCCAAAGAAUUCGACCCAUGGCAGGACAUGAUGCGCUUCUCAGGCGUGUCUUCGUUGCCGACGGUAGAAUCGGAAGGUUUCCGCAGUGUGCCUCUUCCGUCCGAAUUCAUUCAUCAGUAUCAGCAACCGCAGUCGCAUCAGCAUCAGCAUCAGCACCGCCACCAUCACCACCCAUUUUCAUUGCAACACCAGCAAGACGUGGAAGAAGACGCCUUGCACCUUCCUCAUGAGCAUGGUCAGGAUGAUGAGACCGGUGCUCGAAUGCAUCGACCAUCGAUCGUGCCGCAUAGGGACAUGCCUGGACUUGGACUCGGUUCUGGGAUCCGUUCUAUCACGGCAAACACUGAUCCUCCAGCAGGUUCAGAGGCAGCCACAGCUUCAGACACCGCAGCAGGUGCCGCGACUGCUCCCAAUGUCGCUGCCGCAUCGAUGCUUGAUUCAUCGUUCCCCGAUGCUCGUGACGCGGGUGCUCACAAUGCCACUGCCUCUGAGACAGACUUGAUUCAUGUUGCUCAAGAGCAGCCCAUGAAGCCGCAGGGUGUCUUUGAAGAGCCUCAUACCUACGCUGCCACCCAACCUGCGCCUGGCAUCUACGACACGCACUAUGUAUAUGAAGGAAGCGAGACGCCUGAUGCGCCAAGUGCACCCGACCGACAUGGUCCGUUCAGCUCGUUUAACACACAUACAGCACAUCGCGUCUCACAAAUUCCUGAGGCAGAGAACUCUGCCACUGUCAGUGCCGGCGAUGUCUCGGACUCGUAUGCCAUCGCACCCGAGUUUCACGGCGCAUUCGCUGAUGCACCGAGUGGUCUUGCUAUUCGUGGUGCACCGUUGGAGCCCGGGCCGUAUACGUCUUCGGCCCGCACAGAGCCACCUGAGUCCACCGCCCACACCUUCGCAACGGCGCCGACAAGCGAGAGCGCUUCGCGGAACGCCAGACGCACGACCUAUGCGCCAUCGGCAUCGUACGACACAUCCCUAUCGGAUGACACUGCGGAGAUGCUUCGAGUUCGCGAGCAGUUUCGACAAAAUGCUCACUUUACUCCCACAACCUCGCGAAGACGCGACUUUCGUGCUUCCUCAUACGAUACAUCCGACCGCGGGUCACUCGCGUCUGAGCUUUUCACACGGCCACCCCAUUGUGUCUCCCUUGGUCAACAGCCAAAUGACGACGCCACGCUCUGA